AAAAAAAAAAAAAAAAACAGUACAAACAGAAACACUGACCUAUAUAAAAUCUAGAUAGUUAUUCAGCCAGGAAAAGUAGAAAGCCACAAAUUUCAUUACUAGAAACAGAGAAAAAUGAGUUCUCUUAGAGGAAAAAAAGCUCAAAAACCCCAUGCUGUGUGCAUACCAUUUCCAUCACAAGGCCACAUAAAUCCUAUGCUAAAAAUUUCCAUACUUCUUCACUCCAAAGGAUUUCACAUAACAUUUGUCAACUCUGAAUAUAAUCACAAGAGAUUGCUCAAAUCAAGAGGCCCUUCUUCUCUUAAAGGUUUUCAAGAUUUUGUCUUUGAAACAAUCCCAGAUGGACUUCCUCCAAUUGAUGCUGAUACUACUCAACAUAUUCCUUCUCUUUGUUUCUCUACAAAGGAAAAUUGUUUAGCUCCAUUUAAAGAGCUUUUAAUCAAGAUUAACUCAUCUAAUGAUGUUCCUCCUGUCACUUGCAUAAUUUUUGAUGGAAUUAUGACAUUUGCUGUUUUGGCUGCUCAAGAAAUUGGUGUUCCUAGUGUUUGCUUCAGAACUACAAAUGCUUGCAGUUUUAUGUGCAAUAAACACUUGCCUCUUCUCAUUGAAAAAGGAAUUCUCCCUCUGAAAGAUGCAAGUGAUAUAACAAAUGGGUAUUUGGACACGGUUAUAGAUUGUAUACCAAGUAUGAAAAAUCUUCGCCUAAGGGAAUUUCCAAGCCAAAUCAGAACCACAGAUAUAAAUGACAAAUUGCUGAAUUUCAUAAUGGGAGAAACUGAAGGAGCUUCAAAAGCAUCAGCUAUUAUUUUUCACACUUUUGAUUCACUCGAAUUUAAUGUCUUAAGAGAUUUAUCCUUAAUUUGUCCUCCACUUUAUACAAUUGGACCUCUUCAUUUGCUCACUGAUCAACUUCCAGAAAAUAGUCUAAAAUUCCUUAGAGCCAAUUUAUGGAAAGAAGAUGAGGAUUGUAUCCAGUGGUUAAAUUCAAAGGAGGAAAAAUCAGUGGUUUAUGUAAAUUUUGGUAGCAUAACAGUAUUGACAAAAAACCAACUUAUGGAAUUUGCAUGGGGACUUGCUAAUAGUAAGAAAAACUUUUUCUGGGUAAUUAGAUCUGAUGCAGUUGUUGGUGAUGAUUCUGCUAUAUUACCAAAUGAUUUUGUUGAAGAAACUAAAGAAAGAGGGCUAAUUUCAAGAUGGUGUUGUCAAGAACAAGUGUUGAAACAUUCAUCAAUUGGUGCAUUUUUGACUCAUUGUGGAUGGAAUUCAGUGAUGGAAAGUAUAGGAAUUGGUGUUCCUAUGAUUUGUUGGCCAUUUUUUGCUGAUCAGCACAUAAACUGCAGGUAUGUAUGCUGUGAAUGGGGUGUUGGCUUGGAAAUUGGCAAGAAUGUGAACAGAAAUGAAGUGGAGAACAUUGUGAGGGAAGUUAUGGAUGGAGAAAAAGGUAAGAAGGUGAAGAAGAAGGCGAGUGAUUGGAAAAAAUUGGCAACUGGAUUAGUGGGUUCAUCAACCUUGAAUUUAGAUAAAUUAGUGAAGGAUGUACUUCUGUCCAAGAAUUCAGUUCAUUAG